AUGUAUCAGCAAUUCGAACAAGCGCGAGAGUGCGCCGAACGCGAUCUAAAGCAAGCCAGUCUCAACUGUAAAAUCCACCUCCGGAAUACCGCAUCUGAAGAUGAUGUGGAUGAGAGACUGCGUCGCUAUGACCACUUGACAGAUGUUUUACAUGCAGCAAUCCUUCGCUACACAAAUGCUGCAAACAUGGACGUCGUCGCACGUAUUUUGGAUUUACCGCGAGAGCUGCGGGACAACAUCUACAUGCAGUUAUGGCAACCUGGCGAGAAACGCGAUCCGACUCGCAGUGUAAUCUGUUGGUGGGAACUAUUCCAUGAGCCUUGGUUCAGUGUAGACCACGAUCCCGACACACCAGCAGGGCUAUCAAUGCUGUACAUGAACCUUCGACCACCUCAUUUCAUCGACAGAUCUUUCGUAGGACCCGUUCUCGCAAAAGAGGCCCUCAAACUAUUCCGAGAUAUCGUGGGGAAAGACCUGCGCCCAAUUGACGACAAAGAUCCUGUAUCUGAGUGCCUAUUGCUCGACACAUCCGUGGCGGACUUUGUAAGAAAAGACGUAUUUGGUGUUGGGUUUACCAUGGAAGAGUUGGUACGGAAUCUAGAUCUGCGUGUGACUUUUCAGUGCGACGCCCUGACCGACAGCGAAUUCUACGAGAUUCAGAAAAGCAAAACACACGAUCAAGGGUCGCUCACGACGGACGCAACGGCUUAUACACGAGAAGACUAUCUUUCAGAGAUCAAUGACGGCGUCACGGCUUUGCUGGGCAUUUCACACACUGAACGUGUUACUACUCACAACGAACACUGUCGCCAUAUGCAGACCCGAGCUAGAGUUGUCACCUUGGCUAUAAGACAAGAGGAAGAUUUUGGCCCGACUUGGGAUGAUCCUCCGCGUUUUCUGAAACUUGUCGCCCGCGCCUACCACGGUCUGAGGGCAAAGGGUUUCACAGUCAAGGUCCAGUACUACAGUGAAGAGAUUGAGCUCAAGGUACUCUUCGAAGACGACGUCUGGGAGUGGACGACCAAUGAUUGGGAAGAGAACCUGAUUCGGAAGAACACAUUUCCAGGACUAGCUGACGGCAAUUCACCCCAGAGGUACGUCUGGGCUCAACUCCAAGAACAUGUAUUCCGACAUCCAGACAACGACAGCCUCACCAUGUGA